CACUUCCGACACACGUCACCAGCUGUUCCACAUCACAUCCGGGUGUGAACAGGAAGUGGAUCAUGGAAUCCAGCUGAGAGAUUUGCAGAUAUAAACAUCGCACGGCUACCAGAAUAGCGCCUGAAAGUUUGACACAGAGAGAUAAAGCAGCGAGCCCAGGACUGAGGUGCAGAGAGUGGGGUAGCUAUGGCAGGAAUGCCUGGGGAUCUGUUCAGCCCUGGAGCUGAGGAUCAGGCUGGGGGAGGCCUUGCUGGGAAGCUCUACCUCCCCAAGAUGAUUUCGGGAGGGGCUGCGAAGGAGUGGUUUGAUCGCCGGCGCUCCACUAUAAGACCCUGGGCUGUCUUCGUGGACCAGCGGCGUUUCUCCAAGCCCAAGAACCUGGGGGAGCUGUGCAAGAGGCUGGUGAAAAACGUGGAGCACUUUCAGAGCAACUACAUCUUCGUGCUCCUGGGACUCAUCCUGUACUGCAUUAUCAGCUCCCCCAUGCUUCUCAUCGCUCUGGCUGUUUUCUUGGGCGCUUUCUACAUCAUCCACCUCAAAACACAGGAGAGCAAACUGGUGCUGCUCGGGCGUGAGGUGACCCCGGCGCAUCAGUACGGUCUGGCCAGCGGAGUCUCCUUCCCUUUCUUCUGGCUGGCGGGGGCCGGCUCUGCCGUGUUCUGGGUGCUGGGUGCUACGAUCGUGUUGAUUGGCUCGCACGCUGGCUUCCGCGAGAUCGAAGGUGGUGACGCAAACGAUCUCCUCAUGGAGCCUGUCUGACCCCCCGACCCUGACCCCUGACCUCUCCCCUACAGGACUCUUACCUGGCUGUAACACCAGAAACCGGUCUUCCUCUCACUCUCUCCUGUCCCCCUGUCUCUCCCCCUCUCCUCUCCUGUCCCCCUAUCUGUCCUCCUCUCUCCUCUCCUGUCCCCCUAUCCUCUCCUGUCCCCUAUCUCUCCUCCUCUCCUGUCCCCCUAUCCUCUCCUGUCCCCUCUUCUCACUCUCUCCUGUCCCCCUAUCUCUCCUCCUCUCCUGUCCCCCUCUCCUCUCCUCUCCCCUCUUCUCACUCUCUCCUGUCCCCCUAUCUCUCCUCCUCUCCUGUCCCCCUAUCUCCUCCCUCUCUCCUGUCCCCCUAUCUCCUCCCUCUCUCCAUUUCCCCUCUCCGCUCUCUCCUCCUCUCCUCUUUCCCCUCCUCAUCUCAUGACUAAGGCUGUAUGAUUUUCAGUUAUCACUGAUUUCCAUGAAGUUUACUCAUUGCUGUGUGAUAUGUACUUCCCUGUGGAAAUAACCUUUCAUACUUCAUACUUUUAUAUCACUAUAAACGAUCCUGAUUGCAACAGCAUCAAUAUAUACUUUCAAAUGCUGGAUCUUAAGCAUGGCUCAAAGCUUUCAAAGCUUCGUUUUUUGCAUUUUUGUAAUGAGAUGUUUAAGAGCUACAGUAGUCCUUAAUUAUUUGUUUUUCUUUAUUCAUCCAUCGUUUAAUCCUUUAGUUUUUCACUCCUAUGUUGUUACAUGCCACUCGUUUUUAAAAGUGAAGUGAAAAACUAAAGGAUUAAACAACGGAUGAAUAAAGAAAAACAAAUAAACCUUUUGUGUACAUCCAAAAAAACAUUUUAAUUGUAUUUGUGUGUGUAUAUAUAUAUAUAUUUCAAUAACACUGAUGAAGGCACUAGAGCCCAAACGCUGGUCUGCUUGACUCGGUCUCUUCUAGUUUCAAUAACACUGAUGAAGGCACUAGAGCCCAAACGCUGGUCUGCUUGACUCGGUCUCUUCUAGUUUCAAUCACACUGAUGAAGGCACUAGAGCCCAAACGCUGGUCUGCUUGACUCAGUCUCUUCUGGUUUCAAUCACACUGAUGAAGGCACUAGAGCCCAAACGCUGGUCUGCUUGACUCGGUCUCUUCUAGUUUCAAUAACACUGAUGAAGGCACUAGAGCCCAAACGCUGGUCUGCUUGACUCGGUCUCUUCUAGUUUCAAUCACACUGAUGAAGGCACUAGAGCCCAAACGCUGGUCUGCUUGACUCGGUCUCUUCUAGUUUCAAUCACACUGAUGAAGGCACUAGAGCCCGAACGCUGGUCUGCUUGACUCGGUCUCUUCUAGUUUCAAUCACACUGAUGAAGGCACUAGAGCCCAAACGCAGGUCUGCUUGACUCGGUCUCUUGAGUUUAUUUGGAGCUGUGGAUCUUGUUCUGUAAAACCACAGCGAGCGCGCUGGAGCCGCGUGGGGCGUUACAAUGUCUUUAUAUCAUCUGUGCAACACAUGCAAUAAACAUGCUGAUAACUUUGCAGCCUCUUAUCUCUCUGAAUGAUUGGAAGGAGCAGCCUCUUAUCUCUCUGAAUGAUUGGAAGGAGCAGCCUCUUAUCUCUCUGAAUGAUUGGAAGGAGCAGCCUCUUAUCUGAAUGAUUGGAAGGAGCAGCCUCUUAUCUCUCUGAAUGAUUGGAAGGAGCAGCCUCUUAUCUGAAUGAUUGGAAGGAGCAGCCUCUUAUCUCUCUGAAUGAUUGGAAGGAGCAGCCUCUUAUCUGAAUGAUUGGAAGGAGCAGCCUCUUAUCUGAAUGAUUGGAAGGAGCAGCCUCUUAUCUCUCUGAAUGAUUGGAAGGAGCAGCCUCUUAUCUCUCUGAAUGAUUGGAAGGAGCAGCCUCUUAUCUCUCUGAAUGAUUGGAAGGAGCAGCCUCUUAUCUCUCUGAAUGAUUGGAAGGAGCAGCCUCUUAUCUCUCUGAAUGAUUGGAAGGAGCAGCCUCUUAUCUCUCUGAAUGAUUGGAAGGAGCAGCCUCUUAUCUGAAUGAUUGGAAGGAGCAGCCUCUUAUCUGAAUGAUUGGAAGGAGCAGCCUCUUCUCUCGCUGAAUGAUUGGAAGGAGCAGCCUCUUAUCUCUCUGAAUGAUUGGAAGGAGCAGCCUCUUCUCUCGCUGACCCCUCUCACUGUGCCCUCCUUACCGACUCCCCCAGCGUCACGGCAACAGCAGCUUCCUGUCCUCCUGUAGCCGUGGAAACGACCGUGCAGACCCCGCCCCUGCGGUAAAGCUGAGCAGCACUCUCUCACACACACAGUGUGCCACUCUGACACAGUCUCACACACACGUAGCAGCAACUGCCUGCAGAUCAGUGCUGACUACAGGGGAAGUGGUGCAUUGCACAGGAGGAGAGGAGUCCAGUUUAAUUUGUGAAACACGAGGCUCCCCAACAAGUCCUCGGUACCCCGGGACUGACGCAUUGCGCGGGAGAGGUAGUGACACACACACCCACAGAAUCUGAAAGACACUGAAAUUCACAAACAGACAGACGCAAACACUGACUGGCACACACUGCUGAACACAACACACACACAACCUGACACACUGGAAUACACGCACACACACACACUCUAACACAGUGGAAUACACGCACGCACACACACACAACCUGACACACUGGAAUACACGCACGCACACACACACACACACACUCUAACACAGUGGAAUACACGCACGCACACACACACAACCUGACACACUGGAAUACACGCACGCACGCACACACACACACACUAACACAGUGGAAUACACGCACGCACGCACGCACACACUAACACAGUGGAAUACACGCACACACGCACACUAACACAGUGGAAUACACGCACACACACACAGAGCAAUAAUCAGUCAGACUCGUUUGUCGGUUGUAUUAAAGUGUCUAGACUUUUUUUUUUUUUAUUGUUAUUUCACGUUGAUUUAUUUUGAAAUUGGUUUUAUUUCUGUUGGGUUUAUUUUUUUUGUAGUUCACACACAAACGUCCCCUCCCCUCUUCCCCAAUAUAUAUAAUUCACUUUGUUUUUUGUACGUCUUAAAACGGCAGUUCUGAAGAAGAGAGAAGUAUUUUUUAUUUCAUUCGAACAGAAAGAAUGUAACCUAGGACACACAAACGGACUCGGCUCGGGGGUGGAUAGGGAGAUUGGGGAAACGGACCGACAACAUUGCAACACAUUUGAAUUUUACUAAUUUUUUUUUAUUUUUACACACACACACACACUUAAGAAGAAAAUUAAAUUGUCAUGUACUGAAAUGUACUGUCAGUAACAAGGCCAAGAGGAACAUGGACCCCCCCCCCC